UCACCCCACCUUCCGAAAGCUUGUAGCAGAAUAACAUCGUCAGCGGUCAGCCAUUAUAGGUGAAGGAGAUACGAAAGAUUUCGACGCAAUAUAAUCGUCAGAGAUACACGUUUGAUUAUCUAUUCGAAUUGCAUACAUUAUCAAGAUGCACACGAUAUCUGAGUAUAGUGUACCGGCGUUUCUUGCCAAGCUUUGGAAACUUGUCGAAGAUCCCGAAACUGACGACCUUAUUUGCUGGUCACCCAGUGGGAAAAGUUUUUUUAUUAGAAAUCAAGCGCAAUUUGCAAAAGAAUUAUUGCCACAUUAUUAUAAACACAAUAAUAUGGCUAGUUUUGUGCGGCAAUUAAAUAUGUAUGGAUUCCACAAAAAAGUAUCAGUGGAACUAGGUGGCCUAAAGUGUGAUAAAGAUGAAAUGGAAUUUGCACAUCUAUGUUUUAUUAAAGGAGCUCCAGAAUUAGUGGAGCGUAUUAAAAGAAAAAUGACGUCUACCAAAAUUCAAGAUCCGGGACUUUCUUCUUUUAAACCUGAAGUAAUGAAUAAAGUGCUGGUUGAGGUAAGAAGCAUGAGAAGCCGUCAAGAGCAUUUUGACAGUAAAAUGGUCGCAAUGAAACAUGAAAACGAGGCAUUGUGGAGGGAAUUAGCAAUGCUAAGACAAAAGAACUUGAAACAACAACAAAUUGUCAACAAACUUAUUCAUUUCCUUGUUACUCUUGUACAACCAUCAAGAGGAAAUGGUAUAGCUGUUAAGAGACGAUACCACCCAUUAAUGAUAGAUGAUUUAAGUCGUCCACAUAAACAAACCAAAUUGUCAAAGCCACAAACAUCUCCUACAGGACCGGUAAUUCAUGAACUUGAUUCAUCAGAACCUGAUUUGGAAUCACAAUACUUUGUUGCUGAGAUGCUAGAAAAUGAAAAUCCGACUGUUCAGAGUCCACAAGAGCAUAUUGAAUUUCCUAUAGAUGACGACAAUAUGGAAACUGUUCAUUUAAUUGAAGAUCCUUCGCGUUUAGAAACCAGCACUAAAAUGGACAGUCCACAUGAGAUUGAUAGUAACCAAAUGGACGGUUCACAUGAGAUUGAUGCAAAGAAGAAACGUGCUAGCAAGGGCAAAAAGAAGAAUUUAGCUAGGAAUAAAUUAAACUUAACUCGGAGGAAAAACAAGGUCCCCGUUAAAAUUUUCAUUCCAUCAUUGGAAAAUGAAGCAAGUGCAACAAGGAAAGAGUUGCAUUUGGUGGAAAUGCCUGAAGAUGAAAGAACACCUAUGCGGAUAGCUUUACAGAAAAACAAAAAGUCUUCUGGAAUUCCAAGAUCAAUACCUAUAGCGACUAUGCCUAGUUCAAAGCUCGCAGCAAUGGCAGCGAACAUGAAAAAAGAGAAUGAUGAUAUAGAAGAAAAUUCAGUUGAUAUAGAAGAUGAUACUGAAACUUUAGAUAAUGAUCCGUCUAUUGUAAAACUAGAAGACAUAUUAAUUGUUCCGGAAUUUAUGAACAACGACGUUCAAAAUGAGUCUGAAAAUAAAGGUGACGUCGAAUGUAAUAGAGGAUACAGGAAUAGGGGGCAUAAUAAAAUUGAUAAUGGUGAAAGCAUUUUGAUAGCUAACGAUAACGUGCAAUGUAAUGCAUUAAAACUUUCACGAGAUGAAAAGGACAAUCAAAAUAGGGCAAGCACGAGCUCAUCAAAAGAUUUAUCUUUGAGCUGUGUUAAUUCUGAUGCUAAUUACAGGUUAGAACCAACAGAAGAAUUCGAUAAUCAUUUGGAUACAAUGCAAACUAAUCUGGAUAAUGCGCGUGAAUACUUACGCAAUGAAUUCUUGCGUGGUGAUGGCUACAGCAUUGAUGCUAACACUCUUCUUGGGCUGUUUGACAAAGAUGAUUCAAUGACACUUGAUUUGCCAGUCAAUCAAGAAUUGAAUCUAAACAGUGAGAAAGAGAACGAUAAUACUUCUAUAAUUCCGGAUGCAUCUAACAAUGUAUCUGUUGGUGGAGAACUUAUAACAUAUAAUCCUCCGCCUAAUCUAAUGGAUUUUGAUGAUAUUUUAUUGGGUAAUGAAUCAUCUUCGUCGCCUAUCCCAUCAGAUUUACCUACAAAUAAUCUAUAUACUUCAUAUACAGGUCCUUUACAGGACUUGGAUGAGAAUUCAUUUUUUGACGCUUUAGUACCAAAUGAUAUGAAUACACCUGAUGUAAUAUAAACAUUAUUUCCGGUUGAUCACUGUUGCAUCCAAUCGUUUGGUUUCAGUAUGUUUUAUUCUGAAUGGGUCAACAAACCAAUAUCUUUAAUCAGCAAACAAAACUACGAAAAUAAUUAACAGAAGUGAAAAACUCAUUAUAUUUAACAAUCACAAAAAUCGUGUUUGAUGCUUUUUGAUGGAAAUCAUACCUGGAUUCUUAAUUACCUAGAAAGCUGCUGUAAUAUGGAGAAUAGGAUAAAGCGCGCUAUUGCAAACCAUGCAGUAUUUACUAUCAGAUUCAACAUAAGGAUAGUAUCUACAACAAACACUAUUGACAUUACUUAGCUUACAAAACAUAAUGCAUUUGAUAAAACAAACAAAUGUAAAAUAAA